AACCCCUCACCACCUUUUUGUUCCGCUCUCUUUGUAAUAUUCCUACUCAACUCAUUACUAGCGAAAAUGAGCAAUUCCGAGUCAACGACCGCUCCCCCGAGCCGUCCAACCUCCGUCAACAAGAACUUUUCCAACGGGAAGGCUGACUACGCCAUCUCCCAGACCGGAUCCGAAGCCAACGGCGAGUACGACCACAUCCACCGCACCAGCUCCUCCCUUGGCGCCUUCUUCAACAUGGUCGGCAUGGUCUUGGGCUCCGGUUCCCUGCAGCUUCCCUACGUCCUGGCACGCGGCGGCUGGGUUGGCCUAAUCAUCAUGGGGGUCUGCGGUAUCAUCGCUGUGUUCAGCUCCAUCAUCACCAUCCGCUGUCUGCACGCCGUGCCCGGCAAGCGCCUGCUCGGAUUCGUCGACAUUGGCCAGGCCAGCUUUGGCAAGCCAGGUCGCUACGUCGCCUAUUUCUUCCAUGCCCUGUACUGCUUCGGCAGCACCUGUCUGUACAUCAUCCUGGCCGGCACUACUAUCCACACGCUGCUCUUGCCGACGGGUGUGAACCUGAGCGAGAAGUUCUGGAUGUUUGUCUGCACCUUCAUCAUGUGGGUGCCGUACAUUAUCCUGAAGCAGAUGGCUGAGACCGCAAUCAUCAGCAUGUUUGGAUUCCUCUCGAGCGUCGUCGUUGUCCUGAUCGCCGUUGUCAUCGCCUUCAGCAAGCCGUACCUGCAGAGUGAUCACGCCCCCGCUGACAAUAUCCACGCUGUCAUCCAGGGCACCGAUAUCAACCACGUGUUCUGGGACUGGGCUGGUGUGCCCACCGCCAUGGCCACCUUCUCGUUCGCUUUCGCCGGCAAUGCCAUCUACCCGUACAUCGAGGGCAGCAUGCGCAACCCGCAGCACUGGCCGUAUGUCUCCAUGUGCGCCAUGACUAUCAUCACUGCCUUCUACAUGCUCUGCGGUGCCGCUGGAUACCAUGCGUACGGACAUCUUACAGUCUCGCCGAUGCUCGAUAACCUGCCGCGCGGUGCCCCUAGCGUGGCGGCUCAGAUCAUGAUCGUCAUUCACGUGAUUAUUGCCGUGCCCGUGCUUAUGACCUCGUUCGCUAUGGAGGUCGAAAAGUCCUUCAACAUCACGCCCCAGUUCAUGGGCAAGUGGAAGGAGCGCAUCACCCGCACCACCAUGCGCACUGUGCUUCUGGCCGCACUCAUGGGCGUCUCUAUGGCCAUUCCGUACUUCUCCCAGGUUAUGACGCUUGUUGGUGCCCUGUCCACGGGAUGCGUGUUCUUGAUCGAGCCCAUUCUAUUCUACUGGAAGCUCUACGGCAUCCGCAACAUCCCUUGGUAUGAGCACAUUGUCGGCGUCAUCAUGCUGUUCCUGGGUAUCCUGGCCAUGGUGCUGGGCACCAAGGACGGCGCUAUUGCCUUGAGGGAUGCCAUCCACGGCAACUAA